CGCCAUGAGAGCCAUAAAAAAAAGUCACGAAUACCAUCUAAUGUUCAAUCUACCGAAGAUGUACGGAAACAUGUCGAACUGAAAGACCGGUUGUCCGAACUGCCAAAUAAUAUAACCGCCAGUCAACAUACCAGCGCGAUACGUCGAACGUAUCGAACAAUAAAAUAUGAAAUGGAACAUUUGCUAGUGACGGAAGCUGUCGGAAAACGGGAGAGAUUUCUCACGACCGGUUGUUCAAACUUGGACGCAAUAUUGAAAGGCGGCAUACCUUGUCGCGGCGUCACGCAGUUUUACGGCGCGGCCGGUACCGGAAAAACGCAAUUGGCCUUGCAGUUGUGCCUUACCGUCCAAUCGCCGGUGAGCGCGGGCGGUCUCGAAGCUGGUGCCAUAUACAUUUGCACGGAAGCUACUUUUCCAUCGAGACGGUUGCAACAGUUGAUAGAGAACUCCGAGAUAGCUAAAACUCAUUCCGUGAGUGGAGAUGUCAUAUUCGUGGACCAUACAUCUACUAUUGAUGAAUUGGAAUAUUGCUUGCACCACAAGGUCCCAGCACUGAUGAAUGCUCAUAAAAUAGGAUUGCUAAUAGUUGAUUCAAUAGCUGCUCCUUACAGAGUGGAGGAUUGGGAGGACCCGUCACGAGGCAAAAGUUUAAGGAAAGUUGGAAGACAGUUGCAUGAAUUAUGUAAAAAUAGUGACCUGUGUGUGAUCUGUCUUAAUCAGGUCUCGGCAGUUAUAGAUAGAAAUAUUAUUUCCGAUGACGUGGAUGAACAGCCAGCUCUGGGACUCACGUGGUCGAGCAUGAUUACCUCCUCUAUACGCUUCUACAGAAGAGUCUCCACACGAUAUGCUUGCAUAAUGUUAGCCUCACACUUGCCAAGGAUUAUCUUUAAUUUCGAAGUUAGUGGAUCUGGAGUCAGGGUAAUUAAAUAA